AUGAUGGCAUUGCUGGCACUGAUCCAUGAGCCUGAGCCUGAUCAUCCACUUCGAGCAGAUCUGGCGGAAGAAUUCAGUAAAGACCGCAAAAAGUUUAAUAAAACUGCGGAGGAGUUCACUAAGAAGCAUGCGGAGAAGCGGCCCGAUCGCUCAGGCUGCAUUUUACUUGGCGAUUUGCUGUCUCAAUCAUCAUUCAUCUUCAUGUUAACAACUAAACUUGGUGUGAAUCAUCUUCAUUCGUCACUUGAGGUGUUGUGCUGUCGAUAUCUCCCCUCACUCCAUUUCUGUUACUCUCACCCAUAUAAUACUCUCAUUUUCAAGCGUCCGUAUUUUUCUAAUUCAAUUGCUAUAUCAUCUGGUUUGGGCAAUGUGAUUUUGUUCAUAUAGAU